AUGUCCCCCGCGAAACGCUCACGCUCGUCCUCGUACGCGACCUCCGAUGAAUCUGACUACGCACCUCGCAAGCGACAACGGUCGGCGUCCUCUUCAGACUCAUCGGACGAACACCGCCGUCUGAAGGUCUACAUCGUCCAAGCGAAACUGGAUUCUGACGAGGUCGCGCGGCUGUAUAACCUCGUCGAAACUCACAGCGUUGAUGGCGGACUGGACUUUGAGCUCGCCCCGAACCCGAACGUCGCGGAUGUGAUUGUCACUGCGGUGCGCAUGCGGAAACGUCUUGAGCGGCAUGUCGACUGGGAACUAGCGAAAUCAAAGUCUCUAGUCACCCCCGACUGGCUCACAAAAUCCGUCGAGGCCAACGAACUCCUCCCCUGCGGCGACUUUGCCGCCCUCCGCGAGCUGCGGGACCAGACCAUCAAACAUUGCCCCGGAGACAACGACGGUGACACCAUAUCUACCGCGCCGACGUCUGCUUCUGCUGCCUCCGCCUCCGGUCCUGAUAUCAGAGCCACUGAAUCACAGAUAAACCUCCAACCGCCCGCUCACGAACCAGCCCUCCCCAAGCUCGACUACCGCUCCCGCUACGCCUGCUGCCGCGCCUCCCCGCUCGUGUGCCCGAAUCAGAAUCUAGUCAGCCGCCUUGCCAUCAUUCGGCGCUCGCGCGAGCUCGAGGAUGACAGGAUCAGCGCGCUCAGCUAUGAUCAUGCGAUCGGGGUGACCUACCCAUACGAAAUCACCGAAGACCGCCUGAACGACGUGAGCAAACUCCCGCACAUCGGCAAGAAGAUGAUCGCGAAGCUCGAGGAAUACGUGGAGACGGGGGAUAUCGAAGAGGCUGCCACCAUCGCCGCCUCCCAGCGCUUCCAGUCCCUCGAGGCCUUUACCGACCUCUAUGGCGUCGGCGCGACGACCGCGCGCAAGCUCUACGCCGCGGGGUGCAAGACGUUCGAGGAUGUGGAGAGGUAUUAUGGGGUGGAUACUGGCGCUGGCAGAGCUCGGUCCGGCAAGCAGGCUAAACCCUCUACUACUGCUAAACCCAAGAUUCCCUCCAUCACACCGCGCGUCGCGCUCGAGCUGCGGGAGGACCUGGCGCAGCGUAUCCCGAGGGGCGAGGUGGAGGCGAUUCAUGCGGCGGUGGUGCAGGUGCUGGACGAGGUGCGCCCGGGGUGUGUGACGGUGGUCGUUGGGGGCUACCGCCGCGGCAAGUCCCUCAGCGGCGACGUCGACAUCGUCAUCGGACACCCGAAGCUCAGCCCGACCGGGAAGAAGGUCAAGGGCCUGUCCAACCUUCUCGUCGAGCGCCUCUUCGAGCGCGGGCUGGUGACGCAUCUGAUGUACCUCUCCGGCUUCCACACCCCCGACGUCUCGCGCUCGGUCCACUGGGACGCGCUCGAGAAAGCGCUCACCGUCUUCGUGCUCCCUGGGGGCGUGCAUCGGCGCGUGGACCUCAUCUUCGCAGCCCCGGAGGCGUAUUGGACGGCAGUGGUGGGAUGGACCGGCUCGAAAACGUUCGAGCGCGAUAUCAGGCGGUGGGCGGCGGAUCAGAAGGGACUGAAGUUCGAUAGUACGGGGUUAACCCGACGUUCGAACGGCGAGAUACUGUGCCCGAAGAGCGAGGAGGAUGUCUUCCGCAUGUUGGGGCUGGACUGGAUACCGCCGACGUUGAGGAAUGCGGAUGCGUGA